GGGGCGCGCUUUGGGGCACGGCCCGCCCGGGGGCUGCACUGGGGCACGGGCUCGGCGAGAUGCGGCAUCCCCUGAGACACCCCCUCCCCACACCCCCAUAAGAGCCCCAGGUUAGGGACUGGGGUGGGAGUUUUCCUUAAAACCCUGAAAAGAAUCCUAAAAAAAGAAAUCUCUGAAAUAAUAAUAAUAAUUUUUAAAAUGGUAAGAUUAUGAGGAACGGCUGAGGGAGCUGGGUUUGUUUAGUUUCUAGAAGAGGAGGCUCAGGGGGAACCUCAUCCCUCUCUUCAGUUCCCUGAAAGGAGGCUGUAUUGAGGUGGGGGUCGGUCUCUUCUAUUGUGCUUGCAGUAAAGGACCAGAGGAAAUGGCCCUCAGCUGAGRCAGCAGAGACUCAGAUUAGUGUAUGCUUUUCAGAGCAGCCUGGCUUGUGGAGCAUUACCUGGUUAAACCGGAUUUGAAGCAGGACGACGCCAGCCCCUCCUGGUCCAGAAAAGGGCUCCGCUGCACAACCUGCCCUCGGGAGCCAUGGGAAAGGGCUACAAGGUGGUGGUUUGUGGAAUGGCCUCAGUGGGAAAGACUGCGAUUUUGGAGCAGCUUCUCUAUGGAAAGCAUACUGUUGGAUUAGAAGAGGGUGCCACAAUGGAAGAUGUGUAUUUGGCAUCGGUGGAGACAGACCGAGGCGUGAAGGAACAGUUGMGGCUUUAUGACACCAGGGGCCUGCAGGAGGGCGUGGAAUUGCCCAAACACUAUUUCUCUGUGGCGGAUGGCUUCGUCCUGGUGUAUGCAGUGACCAGCCUCGAAGCGUUCCAAAGAGUCGAGCUGCUCAAAAAGGAGAUUGAUGUCUUCAGAGACAAAAAGGAGCACACAGGGUGGUGGAGGAAGGCAGGCUCAAGUUUGACGGCAGACGAAUGUGCAGUCACGGGAGAGGUUUCAGUUAUUGUCUUGGGAAACAAAACGGACCUCCUGGACCAAAGGCAAGUGGAAACAGAAGCAGCACAGCAAUGGGCAAGGGCUGAGAAAGUGAGACUGUGGGAAGUGACUGUGACAGAUCGGAAAACACUGCUUGAACCCUUCACCUUCUUAGCUAGCAAACUGUCCCAGUCCCAGAACAAAUCAACAUUUCCCUUGCCUGGGAGGAAGAGCAAAGGGAAUAACUGUGAUAACUAGACUAGCUUAGCAUUGUCUCCUGCUGCCAGGUCACAGUCUAAGUCUUUUUUGUGCCAUUUGCUUCUUGCAGUUUCACCGAAAGCAAUAAUAUCAUUCAGCAAUAAAAUCAGCAAGCUUACAGCUAAGAGGUAUACUUCCUUCUCGUGGACUUG